CAUGGUCAUGUUGUCCUACAUUGGGGUCUUCCUAGGGAUUGUAACCCUCUGUCAGUCACUUGGACCUGGGGCAUAUCUGCAGCUGGACAGUUGUGCAUUGAAAAAUGUUGUGACCGAAAUUCUGUCAGACACAAGCAUGUUAAGGAAAAUGGCGGAAUCAAAACAAGCUACGAAAGCCCUUGGCAAAGGGGGUAAAGUCCAGUGAAGGGUAUUAAAGACAUAAAGGUGGAAAAGCUUGAAUUCUCCAAGAUUUCACUGAACCUUCUCCCAGGCAUUGGUAUCCAGAUGUUUGUAACAAACAAGAUUGAAAUCAGUGGAAAAAGUUUCUUGGGUGGAAAAACAGAUAUGAAAUUAGAAGUAGACAUUAUUACAAAUACAACUUUAAAGAAAGAAAAUGUAGAUUGCCCAACAUUUGUCUCGGUGGAAUGUAAAACCAACCUAAUUGAUGUUAAAGCCAAUCUACCGCAAGGAGUUUUGCCAUCUGUGAUGAAUAAUUUUCUGGAUAAAAACCUUAAAACUCUUUUGCCUGUUACAGUGUGCCCAGCUGUGGAUUUUAUCCUUUCUAAAAUGAAUGGACAGACGUGCAUGAAAGACACGAGUUUACCUUUCGGACAGUCUGGAAGCAUCCACUACAUGACUUCUCCAGUGCCAACUGUGACAGAAGACUAUAUUAAUAUUGAAUUAAAUGUCCAAGUUUUCAGAGGAGAAAAUCUCAUCAACCUACCUGAUGAAACAAAUACUAGCUCCAUUGUCCUUCCAUCUUUACCCGAAACUACAACAACAUUCAUUUUGACCGCUGACUUUCUUGGACGCGCCUUCACUCUUCUUCAAGAAGAUGGAACUUUUAGCUUCUCAGCCACUGAAGAUGAUCUUGUAAAUGGAGGAGCCAUGUCUACAUCCAUCCUAACUGAUGUCAUUCCUGAGCUUCCCAAAGGACUACAACAUUACAAAAUAAAUAUAUUUGUGAAUAAAUCAGCCUUAGUUACAGCAAACACUAUGAAAGCGAUUCUCCAUCUUUACUCAACCAUGGAAGUCACUGCAUCGUCUCCAGCUUCAGAAUCUGAGAUCUUAUUCAACGUAGACUUGCAUAUGAAUUUUAAGCUCCAGUUUACAGUUGAUGAAAAAAACCUGAACUUCAUGAUCUCCCUUGACAAGACCUUCCUGGCUCUGGAAUCAUCCUCAGUUGGAGAAUUUGAGGUGCAAGACUUGAAAGAGUUCAUAACAUCUAUGAUCAACAAAUUAUACACCCCCGCCAUCAAUGGUUUGCUUCAGCCAAUCCCCAUACCCAACAUAUUGCAGAAACUAAAUAUUAACUUGGCUAAUGGUCAAAUUGAAACAGAUAAGGACCUAAUCUUGAUAUCAGUCAAUGUCUGCCGAGCCUGAACCUGCUAUGACCAUGUUAAUGAAGAGUAAUUCACCAAUCAAGCACCCCGUCCUUGCUUUAGACUAGUAGUACCC